UAUUCGUUCAUCUUCUGAUCUCAAACCCAAAAUGACUUGUGUAUAGCGAACCGACAUCAUCAAAAACCAUUGGCCUGGUUGUUCCAAUACUUUUGGAAGGAGCCGUAUACACUGAUCGUAUGGUUUGACGUAGUGAUCCUUUAGCAAACUGUGCUGUAAGCAGAAGGAAUUUCUCAACUCUGCAUGGGGUCUUGCUAAGAAGCAGCAGCCAAUCAGAAGCCAGAGGUUUAACCUGUACUGUUGUGCUAGAGCAGCCAAAGUAAUGUCAGUUCUUCACCGCAAAGUGACUCCUACUGAAGCGUAGUCAACUCAGUUAUAUUCAGGUAUAUUUUGAUUUGCUUUAUUCAUCCUGUAGCACAUAACCAUAUGACAAUUAACUGGAUUUUAAUGCUGUUCUUGGCACUUUGAAAGUCUCCACUAACGAUAAUGUACAGCAAAGAAAAUGGGCAUCACAGAUAAACACGCGGUCCUGGAGGAGGCCGCAAACUGGCCUGCUGAGCUACAUUUCCAUAAAAUAAACCGCCGUAGGAUGAGAAGGAGGAAUCAGUCUCCUUCCCGUGAGGUUUCUCCAGUACCAUCUUUCUUCUCUGAACCGGUUUCUUCCAGAAAGCGUAAGGAUGUAACUGCCAGACUGCCUUGUCUCAUUAAUGAAGCUCAUCAGGACGAAGAUGACAAUGACGACAUUCAGAGUUUUAAAAGCCUUCCGACGGUGAUGCGCACAUUAACCUCCGACACUAAAGUGAACAGGUCGCAUACGAGAAGCAAAGAACAAGGCGUCUCUGACUUGAGCCUUCCGCUUCUUGUCACGUCCAAAUGUACUCUGGUGGUAAAAGGCACUGGAUGUACUCGCACCAGGGGAUUUCUCCCUACCAUCAAAUCCACACUUGUGGAGAGACCACCAUGCCGAGCAGGAUGCAGGCCAGACAAUGUUGACAUAGGUUCAACUCAGCAUCCUCACCCAGUCAGUGAUCCUCGGUACGCACCACUCAGUGAGAGCUGUCCUAAAAAGUCAUGGAAUAUAAAAGCAAGCUGUCAACACCUGCCCUUAUCCUCCUCUAACAAAGUGUCCCUGGGUCCCCGAAUCACAUUCCAGAGUCCAGUGGUACAGGGCAUCUACCCCAUCUCUCCUGACUUGAUGAAAGAGAGCAGACACAAUGUGCAGGCUUGCAGACCUCUGCGACCUGUGCUGAAGAGAGCACAGGUGCUGAACCGAGGAGCUCUCCGCUGCCUUAUAGAGGAAAGCUACCUCCCCUGCUCAAACAACCCACGUUUGCUUGAGCCAUUUUCAGGCUUUAAGGAACACCUUUGUCAUCAGCUUCUUAACUCCCCCUUGCCCUGCCAUGCAGCUCUGCCACACGUCAACUCUCAUCACCUCUUACAGCUAGAAGCUUUGCUGCCUGUGCCUCAGGGACUAGGCAGUUCCCUGAUGCAGCGCACUGUGGAGCUCUGCAACCCACAAGGGAGACAACUUCCCUGCAUCACCAUGACCCGUCCUACACCUUCUCCUAAACAUUUGCACAACACUGAAAACAGGCAUGUAGCCUGAGUGCAUGUUUUUUCCACUGGAAAAUUAUGACCUCUUUUCUCUGCCUUGUGUCUCAGCAGCCCCCUCCAAAAGUAUUGGAACAGCAAAGUCUUUUUUUUUUUUUUUGUUGUUGUUAGCAGACAAAAAGUGAUGAUAAAAAAAAAGUAUUUAGAGCACUAUAUCCCUUGCUUUCAGUAAGAGCAUUGUGUCAGUGAUCCACUGACAUAAGCAGUUGCUUUUGAAGAAUACUAUCCAGGUACUUGACACGUUUGCAAAAAUAUAAUAAAUAAAUUGCAUGCAACAGAACAGACAGCUGUACAUAAUGUCACCUACUAAAUAUGUCACAUAAAUAGUUCAAUGGCACCCACCUGUCAUUUAAUAAAUAUAAAUACCCUUAUUUCUGGAAAGUCCCAGAGUUUGAUAAAUAAAAUAUCUAAAGUCGCAGUAUCAUAAGGAUGAAGUUGCAAUCAAAAAAUACUGGACAAAUAUCUGAGACUCUGCAUACAGGAGACAUCCACAAAUAGUCAGUGAUUAGGUAAAUAACAAUCAUAGUGCAAUGAUUUCAGGAUGUAACACUCCAAUAUAUGGAAAAAUUCAAAGGGGUGGCUAGUUAUACAAGUCACUGUACAUCACUUUAAUCUUCAUCAAAGAAUUAACUAAUCCAAUGGGUCAUAUGCCCGCUGUCUGCUUUGCAUACACCCUAGAAGAACCACUAUUCACUGGUAAAUAAUGCUGUCUUCUUUCUCAACAGUGGGAAUAACUUGCCAUGGGUUUAUUUAACAACGUGUCUUUACUGCAUUAGCUAUGCAGGGGAAGAUCUUGCAAAAUGAAUAAAUCAUAAUUAAGUGACUGAUUUCACAGCUGCAUUAAAACUGCUCAUACAAAUUCCACCUACUUGCCUGAUGCUAUAAAGAGCCACACAGGACAGGAAUUAAUUCACCUCUGGGAACUGUGAAGAAGUAACAAAUAUCAUUACAGCAAUGCUGAAUAGUCAGCAGAGAGAUUGGAUGUGAGAACACAAAACGUCUGGCUCAGAACUCUAACCUUUAAGCCAUCACAUAAUUCUACAAUUUCAUUUCUUAAUUUUUUAAUCCAGCCAUGAUACAUACUUGGAAUUUUUUUUUGUUACAACCUGGAAAUGAGAUGUACAUAAAACAUCCAAUAAUAUUGAAAUGAUUGGAAAAAUAUAUUUAGUUUGCCAUGAGAUAAAUGGUAACACUCGACACAAUGCUACCACCAUCCUGCUUCACUGUGGGAAUGCUGGUGUCAUUGUGGUGAUCAAUGUUGGGAUUCUGACAAAUGUAACAUGUUGUUUCAAAGCCAAAAUCUUUGUCCCAUAAGACCAGACGGCAUUUUUUUUUUACAUGUUUUGCUGAUUCUCCUGCCUUUUGGCAAACUUCAAAUAGAAUUUCAUUUAGUCUUCUAGAAAGCUUGCUUCAGUAUCUUCACAGUGUGGGAUAUCUAUAUCUAUAUAUUCCAUUCUAUACAUGACGGAUGCUUUUCCAAUAUUUGGUUUUGGAAUUACUUUGAUGGAUUUUCCAGGUCUUCACUAUGCUCUGAGCUGUCAAAUCAUUUCAGAAUUUUCAGCCCCAGGAGGUCUUUAUGUACAGGCCAUAUCUGUGUAGGAGGCUUUCAGUCUGCAGCUUGUUAAAGGAAGUCAAUAAGAUUCAACAGGAUGCGUAGGAAGGGGAGCUAUUUUAUACCAUGACAUGCAUCUAUCAAGGCGUUCAGGCUUUCAGCCAUUGCAGUGAAGAUUUUUCAUCAAUGUCACUAAAAAGACUGUAAUUAUUUUCUCUGCUUUCUCUGUGUAAAAUCAAUGUAGACUGCUGAGUCAGACACUAUGCCCAGGAGUGGUUCUCGAUCUGGACCUUCUGUUGUUAAGUGUAUGGUUGUUAUCAUCAACUACUUGUAGAUUUACUUUCUGACCAAGGCUUUAUAAGGAGCCUGGAUUUAUAAUGCGAACUUUAAAAAAAACAAUAAAAAAAAGGUUGUAUCUUGAGAAACCUAAAAUGCCAGUGAUUGAUAGUUUUAGACAUAUGACUGCUUGUGUCUCUGGUGAGUAAAGCAUGAAGUCCUACACAAUAAGCGUAUCUCCUAUAUAAUAAAUUUGGGUUUGGUGUGUUGUUUUGUUAGUUUACCUCUUGAAAAUAUGACCAAAUUUCAUUAACCAGUUAUAUUUUCAUUUUGAGACGUUUUGCUCAUUGAGUAAAUAAAAAUCUACUUUUAAAUAUACGUUUUGUUUGUUUGUAGAUGCCUACACCAAUUUUAGCUAUUUCUAUAAACAGUUUCCUUA